CGGGAAAGAGGCCCUCGCCAGUCGGUAACCAAUGGCACGCGGGUGCGCACACUCGUCACGUCAGCGCGCCGCGGGCACGAACACGUGGUCGCGAGGUCACGUGGUCUGAGAGGCGGCACGUGAACGCGAGGAGAUGACCGCCAGCUGACGAAUAGCGCUUCCUCCCGGUGUUCUUUUUUUUUAUUUUCCCUUCCUCGGCGACGGAGGAGGUGGCAUGAUCGUGAGGCACAACUACCCGUCGAACGGCGUCGGCGACGAUGACUAUGACCGCUUCCAGACGUCCUCGGGGCCUCCGCCCGCCCCCUCGCAGCUGCACCACCAGCAACAGCAGCAACAGCAGCAGCAGCAACAGCAACAGGAGCAGCAACAGCAGCCGGCCAUGUCCAAGGCGGAGCAGCGCAGGAGCAACAAGCCCAUCAUGGAGAAGCGACGGCGCGCCAGGAUCAACCACUGCCUCAACGAGCUGAAGACUCUCAUCCUGGACGCCAUGAAGAAAGACCCGGCGCGCCACUCCAAGCUGGAGAAGGCGGACAUCCUGGAGAUGACGGUCAGGCACCUGCAGUCGGUCCAGAGGCAGCAGAUGACGGUCGCCAUGGCGACCGACCCGGGCGUCAUGAACCGCUUCAAGUCGGGCUUCAGCGAGUGCGCCGGCGAGGUGAGCCGCUUCGUGAGCCGGCUGGAGGGCGUCGACGCCGGGGUGAAGCAGAGGCUCAUCGCGCACCUGGCGGGCUGCGUGGCGGGGCUGCAGCAGCUGUCCUUCCCCGGGCUGGGCGGAGGUCUGCUGGCCAACCCCGAGGACGUCAACAACAACGGCGGCUCGGCCACGUCCGGGCUCCGGGUGUCCGGGGGCCUGCAGCUCAUACCCAGCCGGCUGCCGACGGGGGAGCUCGCGCUGCUGGUGCCCAACAGCAGCCAGCUCCUGAACGGGGUCCUGCCGUUCUUCGCGUCGGAGGACUCCCCCGGCCUCCCGGCCACGCCCAAGAACGGCGUGCUGAGCCCCGCCGGGACGGGCAUCUCCAUGGACCGGUCCCACCCGAGCGCCUUCACGGCGGUCACCAGGACGAGGCAGGCCGUCUCCCCGCUGCCUUCGUCCUGCGGGCCCGACUACACCUCCUCCAGCGACGACGACGAGGACGACGACGAAGACGACGACUCCGUCAUCUCCGACACCUACCUGAGCCCCAACUCCCCGCCGGCCGGCAGGCUCGGGGGCUACCCCGGCGCAGCCCACCGCCAGGACGACAAGCCCCAGCCCGUGUCGCACCUGAAGCUCGCGCCGAGCGCGGGGUCCGGCUUCAAGCCCUACCACCAGGCGGAGUGCAGGAAGCCGCAGCAGCAGCCCACGGUGACCUCGUCCACCUGCCCCGAGAGCUCACCCGAGGCGAGCAACCUCCACAACCCCCCGGGCGACCAGUUCACCCAGGUGAGGCUGGAGCUGAAGACCAUGCCCGUGUCGUCUAACCUGCUGUUCCCGGACCUGACGGCGAGCCUCUCGUCCACGCCCAUGUCGCAGACCGUGUCGUCGUCGACUCCCGUCCAGCUCCCGCUGUCCGUCAUCACCUACAACGAGAAACCACACUGCGGCGAACCCCCCGCACGCCAAAACACUGACAAAGACCCGCUCGAUUUUUCCUUCGGCAAAACGGAAAACAGCGCGCCGCUCCAGGCGGUGGCGUGGCCGCAAGCGUGCGAACCGGUCAAGAGGAGGCACUUGACGCUUGGUUUCGACGAUCAGGUGAGCCAACCAUCCCCGCAGUCCCCGCCAAACUUCUUUUUCCCGACCAAAAUCCCACGGCUGGCUCUGGACACGGUCAGCCGCCACAACGCUCCACUUGUUUCUGGUGGCGACACUGACGAAAGAACUGCGACAGAUGCUCGUGUGCAGCACGCUGGUGAAGGACUGACGCCAUUUGCUGAAGAGACUGCUGCUUCCUCUAGCUCGCACGUGAAUGGCUCGGAGGAUUUUUGUAACAGGGACAUGUGGAGGCCUUGGUAGAAGAUAUUUCAAAUUGUGCUGCAUGAAAUUUUUUUUUUUUGUUUAGUGGCUAUUUGUCAUAUCAUGAGCAAUGUUUUCCAGUGCCAAUGUGAAAAGUGUGAAAGACAUGUAGAGUAACAUUUAUAAAAAUAUUUUGUUUUACAAGAUAAAGCAAUGUACAGUUUCCAGAUGCACAUACAACUAAAGUGAAACUCCUAUUUUUUUUUUUUUUUUCAAUAUUGUAUUCUUUCAUUAUUGUACAAAGUUCUGAUAGAGCAUGGUACAUGUUAAAUAUUUCUUGAGUGCCUUUUGAAAAUAAUCUAUGAAUAAUGAAUAUAAAAAAAGACUUGAUAUUAUGUAACUAUUUUGACAACCAAAGUGUGUAAUUUUUGUAUAUACAAGUAUAUUUUAUAAUAUUUAAUAAACAAACAUUAAAAA